CGGGAGCUGGGGCGUCUCCAGCCCUCCCUCACCUCCAGCGUCCCCUUCCCGCAGUGCAACCAAUUCUUUGACCUCCUGCAAGACCUCGUGGACCACGUCAAUGACUUCCACGUCAAACCCGAGAAGGACGCGGGGUACUGCUGCCACUGGGAGGGCUGCGCCCGCCACGGCCGCGGCUUCAACGCCAGGUACAAGAUGCUGAUCCACAUCCGGACGCACACCAACGAGAAGCCGCACCGCUGCCCCACCUGCAACAAGAGCUUCUCCCGCCUGGAGAACCUGAAGAUCCACAACCGCUCACACACCGGCGAGAAGCCCUACAUCUGCCCCUAUGAAGGCUGCAACAAACGCUACUCCAACUCCAGCGACCGCUUCAAGCACACCCGUACGCACUACGUGGAGAAGCCCUACUACUGCAAGAUGCCGGGCUGCCACAAGCGCUACACGGACCCCAGCUCGCUCCGCAAGCACAUCAAAGCCCACGGGCACUUCGUGUCCCACGAGCACCACGAGAUGCUGAAGGCCCACGCGCCCCAGGGCUCUGCAGACGCACCCUACGCCAACGGGGCGCAGCUCCUCCUGCCCAACCCCGCCGCCCUCUUUGCCCCCCACGCGCUGCCCGCUCUGCCCCUCCCGCUGGCUC